AUGCAAGGGUUAAGUUCAGGGGAGGAUGGGGAUGUGUGGAUAACCUUUAUGUAUGCCAACACUAAUAAGAGAGAAAGAAUACAACAAUGUAGUUGGAGUAGUAGAUGGAUCUUGGGGGGGAGGGGGGCUGGAAUGAGAUUUGUGAUGCUAGUGAGAAAAGUAGGGAAUCUCAGAAAGAAUGUGAGAAGGUUUUUCUUUGACGAGAGAUGGUUUAGAAGAGAAAGGGUUAGAGAAGUUAUGCAACAAGGGUGGUCCAUUGAACAAUCAGACACUCCAAUGUAUCAGGUUUCCGAGAAUAUUAAGGCAACCAGAAAUGAUCUAUUGAAGAAGCUAAACUCUUGCACCUUAUCCCAGAGACAACAACAGCUGACAUGA